AGCUGAAAAAAUAAUGAACUUAGGCAGUCCGCAAAAGAAGUCUGUUACUGGCCUUUUUACCCCAGUAAAAGGAGCUCAAACAAAAGGAUAUCUUGGUAUGACCCCAAGCAGAAUGGGUUCAUCAAAAAUCUUGGCGGCAUUACCAGAGAUGAAAACAGAUAAAAUGACUACCACAAAGGCAGCCAUACAGGUGUUUGAUGUAAAUGGAGUUGAUGUUACUCCUCGACCUCUUUACCGUCCAGAUCCACAUACUGGUACACCAAAGCCAAAUAAACUGUUGACAUCACGAGAAGGAUCAUUCUCCUCAGAAUUUGUACCUUCCCACAGCCUUUAUCAAAAUACACUAAAUCCUAGUAUGUUAGGGCAGUUUUCAAGGUCAGUUUUAGGAAGCAGUACAGUGUCUAAGUCAAGUCUAUCAACUAAUGAGUCAAUAGCAGAAGACCUAGAAGAAUUAUCCUAUAAACGGGAAGGACCGGCUAGUAUUACAGAGUUACAAAUUCCAAAGAAAACAACCAGAAAAACUAUAACCAAAGAAGAACUAAAGAAGACUAUAGACAUACUACUCACAGAGACAGAAACAAUUACAUUGUUUAACCUACCAACAGUCAUGAUUUCUGUAGAAGCUGAAGAAGCUGACAAAAUACUCCAGAGAAACAAGAAUUAUGAGAACCUUUGUAAAAAUAGAUUAGGCAAUGACUUAUAUGUUGAAAGAAUGAUGCAGACUAUUAAUGGAGCACCAAAGAAUAAAGAUGUUCAAUGUGACAGAAUUAUAAAGGAAAACAAAGGCAUAAUGUCUACUGCUUGGGAUUUAUAUGAUUCUUAUAAUACUCUGGAGCUUGCAUCUUUACCAAUAAAACAAUCUACAAUUGACUCAAGCUGUAGAGGAAGUAUAAAACGAUCUAUAAUUGAGUCAAGCAGUAAAGUCAGUGUACUUUCUAAAGAUCAGGAUCGAAGAGGGCCAGGAAGUACUACAGAAAAAAAUAGUGACGCUAGUUCUAUAAUGGAAAUAGAAAAUGCAAUUCUGGCUAAAAUGCAUGAUGAAGAAGAAGACCACUCAGAAGCAAUAUUCAAAUCCGAAAAGUUUCACCAGGACUUAUUUUUUAUGGAACGAGUUCUAAUGGAGAAUGUAUUUCAGCCCAAACUUGCAGCUUAUCGUCAGCUUCCUAUUUUAAAAGAACCAAAACCUGAAGGGCCUAAAGACCUUUCAGGAGGUAAAAAACGUGAAGAGGUAGAAGAGAAGAAGGAAGAGGAAGAAGAAAUAGAAAUAGGUGAAGAACAAUCAACAAUACCAGCCAAUUUGGAACGACUUUGGUCCUUUUCCUGUGACUUAACCAAAGGUCUUAAUGUGAGCAGCCUUGCCUGGAAUAAAACAAAUCCAGACCUUUUGGCUGUUGGCUAUGGGCAUUUUGGAUUUAAAGAGCAAAAAAAAGGAUUGGCUUGCUGCUGGUCAAUAAAGAAUCCCAUGUGGCCAGAACGUAUUUAUCAGAGUCCAUAUGGAGUUACUGCUGUGGAUUUUUCCAUUGGAACACCUAAUCUUUUAGCAGUUGGCUAUCACAAUGGCACCAUUGCGAUUUAUAAUGUACAGAGCAACGUUAAUGUUCCAGUUCUGGAUAGCAGUGAAUCACCUCAAAAACAUUUGGAACCUAUAUGGCAACUACAGUGGAUAGAACAAGAUCGAGGAACAACAGGUGAUGACAAGAGAGAAAUACUAGUUUCUAUAUCAGCAGAUGGAAGAAUCGCCAAAUGGGUUAUACGCAAAGGACUGGACUGUUAUGAUUUGAUGCGUUUGAAGCGAACUACUGCCAGCAUCAGCAGAAGAGGAGGGGAAAAGGAAAAGAAAGGUGAAGCUUUGAUAUCUCGUCAAGCUCCUGGGAUGUGCUUUGCUUUUCAUCCCAAGGACACAAAUAUCUAUUUGGCUGGCACUGAAGAAGGUCACAUUCACAAAUGUUCUUGUUCAUAUAAUGAACAAUACCUAGAUACCUACAGAGGACAUAAGGGUCCAGUGUAUAAAAUAGCAUGGAAUCCGUUUUGUCAUGAUGUGUUCUUAAGCUGUUCGGCAGAUUGGGGCGUUAUUAUAUGGCAACAGGAAAAUACCAAGCCUUUUUUGAGUUUUUAUCCAACUACUUAUGUUGUUUAUGAUGUUGCCUGGUCCCCGAAAUCAUCCUAUAUAUUUGCAGCUGCAAAUGAGAACAGAGUGGAGAUUUGGGACCUUCACAUCAGCACUUUGGAUCCUCUAAUUGUGAAUGUUGCUAACCCUGGAAUCAAGUUCACAACUGUUCUCUUCGCUAAACAAACAGAUUGCCUUCUAGUGGGAGACAGUGAUGGACAGGUUGCUGUGUAUGAACUGAGAAAUAUGCCCACUGCUUUGUCUUCUGGCCGGAGAGAUGUGAUAGAUAGUUUGCUUGGACCAAGGUCAAAUCAACCAGCAUAAAUUGUCAUUACUGAUAUCCUUUCUUGUUAAUUGUUUUUUUUUAAAGGAACAAUGUUUAAUAUCUAAUAGUCUGAUUGGAUGCAGUAAGCUGGGAUUUUGAUUUUAGAAAACAAUAUUUAAUGUAUAACUUCUAUUUGAACUUAAUAGAAAUUUAAUCAACCUUUAUUCCAGAGAUAUGUUGUUAGUUUUUUAUCCAAGCUAAUUGUAAGGGUAUUGUUGGGAUUUUCUUAAUUUUUGAAAGAUACUCCUACUCCAUUUCUUAAUCGUAUUCCAAGUACACAUACAUACUUAUAAAAUGUCUAUGUAUGUUAGAAAAUUAUUAUUCCUUUAGAAGAAAAGCUUGGAAGUUAUUAGAAUUACUUAAACAAAAAUCUUUAUUAAGUCUAAGUUCUAUACACAUUUAAAUCUUCUGUUUUCCAAGGUUUGUGAAUUAUGCAGGUGUUAGUAUUAAGAAAAUACUGGAUUCUCAUACUCAACUUUAAAUCAGUAUUCAUCCUCUUAGAUCUGAGAGCUGAGCUAUAGAACUUUAUUAGACUAUUUGACAAGCAAAAGACAUGACAGCAAAAGUCAGAAUUGCACUGUUUGGCCAGCAGGCAUGACACUCACAGUUCAGGGAGAAGAGUUAGUCUGGGACACAUCAGGGCUCCCUCCUCUGCAUGCCCGGAAUCUGCCCAGACUUAAGUGGGCCCACAGAGAAAACAGAAAGUCCCUGAUCUAUAGUUUGCAUCAGGAUGUUAUUUUAUAAUGACUUCUAGGGCAAGCUUGUGGAAAUAGAAGGAGUAGGAGGCAGUGACUCCUCCAAACAUAGAUUGCUAACAGUCUGUUCCAUGCUGUUUGUUUCAACAAGUCCUGGUUUUCGUUAACUGAGGCUGAAGGACAGUAUGGCCUAUAAAGCAUGUUACGUGAGGAGGACAAGACAAGGCAUUUAAACCUCACUAAACUCUCUAAAAAAGAUAUAUAUUAAAACUAAGAAUACAAUCGGUGCAACAGUGGGAACUACCUUUCACAAGUAUCAAUUUCUUCAACAUCUCCAUUUCUUUGGAGCCAUCUGUUAAACAAAAGCAAGGCAACUUUUAGGUAGACUGAGAUCUGAGGUCAUGUUAUAAGGAACAUACAUUUCCUACUGGUAGAAGUCUAUUGUAACACAUCCCCUUGUCUUUCUGAAAGGUUGGACUUUCCAUAGCACCCUGUGCAACAAAAUAAAAACUUAAUUUCAUAGGA